GCCGGGAGUUUUUAAAUGGCUGAGCUGGACAUAAGCCCCGCCCUCUCAGUGGGACGGGAAGAGAAGAUGGCGGCGGCGGCGGCGGCAGCGGCUGAUGAAGCAGAGCGCUCCCGGGGCCGCCGCGCCGCGCUGUCCUUCGCCGCCAUCGCUGUGCUGCUGGGGCUGCCGCUGUGGUGGAAGACGACGGAGACGUACCGCGCCGCGCUGCCCUACGGAGACAUCGCGGCUCUGGGCCGGCUGCCGUUCCAGGUGGCCGUGAGCGUCUCCGUGGUUUUCCUGCCGGGCUCGGUGCCCGCGGAUCUGCCCCGGCGGCUGCCGUACGGGGACGUGCGGGAGGAGCGGGUGCCCGUCAGCUCACGAUCCGAUGUCACAUCUCGCAUCGAGACGGCCUAUCGCGGCACCGCGGCGCGGGAGGAGGCGGCGCUGGGAGCAGCCACGGUGCGAGAGGCUGAUGCUGCUCUGCAUGCACUGCAGGACUCUCCACCAGGCUCUCUGACUGUGUAUGUGGUUCCUGAAACCUCCUCUCUCCUGCCUCAGGGUGUCAACAUCUACGUGGGGAAGCAUCGCAGCGCCGUGGUGAGGGCUGGGCAGGGCCUGGCCACACUCCAUGCCCGCCUCCAGCAGCUCAUGCAGGUGAUGUCUUUCACGGCCAGCUCCAUCACUGCUGCCCUCUCAGACCGUGUUCCUGAUGGUCAGCUCGGCCCUGACGCCUGGCGGCACUUGAAAUCCAGCCUGGGGUACGAAAUCACCUUCAGCCUGCUCAACCCUGACCCCAAGUCGCAUGAUGUGGACUGGGACAUCGAGGGUGCUGUGAACCGCUAUGUGCAGCCCGUCCUGGACAAGCUGAACCUCGUGGCCAACUUCUCUGUUGACUCACAGAUCUUGUACUACGCUGUUCUUGGAGUAACUCCACGCUUUGACAAGGAGUCCUCCAGCUUCAUCCUGAGUGCACACAGCCUCCCACAUGUCAUCAACCCUGUGGAGGCUCGGCUGGGUUCCAGCGCUGCCUCCCUCUACCCUGUGCUGAACUUCUUGCUGUAUGUGCCAGAGCGCUCCCACUCCCCACUCUACAUUCAUGACAAGGAUGGAGCCCCAGUGGCCACCAAUGCCUUCCACAGCCCCCGCUGGGGUGGCAUCAUGAUUUACAAUGUUGAAGUCCCUGCUUCCCCCCAGACCUCUCUCCCACUGCACGUGGAUGUGGACAUGUUGAGAGUGAUGGAGGUUUUCCUGGCCCAGCUCCGGUUACUAUUUGGGAUUUCUCGGGAGGAGCUGCCCCCUGAGUUCCUGGUGGAAAGCCCAGGGAAUGAAGGACUGGCCGACUGGGAGCUGGACCGCCUGCUGUGGGCCCAUACACUGGAGAAUAUUGCCACUGUGUCCACCACCUUGACCUCGCUGGCACAGCUGCUAGACCAGAUCAGUAACAUCGUCAUCAAAGAUGAUGUCGCCUCAGAGGUAUACCGAGCGGUGGCUGCAGCACAGGAUGCCGUGGCAGAGCUGGCUGAGGGCCAUCUGCACUCAGCUUUCCAGGCCAGCAAGGAAGCUGUCACCUCCUCGGAACGGGCAUUCUUCGACCCUUCUCUUCUCCAUCUUCUCUACUUCCCGGAUGACCAGAAAUUUGCCAUCUACAUCCCCCUCUUCCUGCCCAUGGCUGUCCCCAUCCUCCUGUCCCUGGCUAAGAUGCUCCGGGAGGCCAGGCAGAACAAGAAGGAACCCACCAAGAUGGACUGAG